AUGCUCGAAGUAUCUACAAAUUCCAUGUGUUUCGACACAGUUGCAUCGACAAGCCGACGCGUAAAAUCGAUAUUUUUAUCAUCUUCUGUCUUAAACAUCCCCUUUUUUCAGAUGGCCAAAUCCGACAUGACCCAAGUGGUAGCGUUGGCCGUCAUAAGCCGACUCCACGACUGGUGUGUCCAACUAUUCUGGAUUACGGUAUUCUGUGUUUUGGGCGUUUGCGGUGAUGAAGAAUCACGGACGUCUAUUUAUCAACUUCAUGAAAAGCAACAGCAACAAGAAUCUUUGACGCGGAAACGAACAAGCAUAGCCGAGAUCGAGAAGAAGGUUUGUAUUGACUUUCCUUUCGCCCAUGUUAUUGACUGCCGUCUAUGUCGAUUCCCAGGGAAGGGGGGAAGGCGUGGUGGGGGAAUCGAUCCUAUGGCUUCCCUGUUACUGCGUAUUUGUUUUGUUUUAUGA